GUGUGGUGAUGGCGAGCGCGUGAGGGGGGAGGAGCUCAGAUGAUUCCUCUCUAAUCCUCCAGACUCGCGCUCGGUCUGACUGCCUGGCUGGCUUAAAAGGAAAGAGGGAGUCGGAGGCAGGUGGAGGAGAUGAAGGGAGGAGAAGAACGAGGAGCCGCCGCUCGGAAAACACGCUGAGAGGAGGACGGGAGGGAGCAUCGCGGAGGAAGACGGGAGCGGGAGAACGAUGCUCUGCUCCUCCUAGCCUGCCGGAACCGAACCGGGAGAGAGAAGCAACAGGAGGGGAGACGGGAAAGCCCCCAAAACAGGAGGAGACCGAAGGGAGGAAGGAGAAAUGAGGAGGACGCAGCAGCAGCGUGACAGCAGGAGCAGAGAUGUCUCCUUCCUCCAGCUCACACGACUCCUACAGUGAUGCGUGGAGGAGAGGAGGGAUGCUGAUGGAGGUCCUCCUCCGUUAGACCAGGUGUGUCUAACAGCACAUGACAGCCCAGCUGGUGAGGGGGUAAGAGGAGGUCAGGAGCAGCCAGAGGUGUGGAGGACAGGAGGAGCGUGCGUGGACAGAGAACAUCACGCACUCGUCUAGGCUGCGUGCAGCUGCACUCUCUACCUCUUCACUCAUCACAAGUGGACUUGAAGACCCCAGCACCAGCAGCACUCCCACUGCUCGCAGGGAGGCCCCCCCAUCCCGAUUCCUGAGCCCAGUGGAUGCCUCCUGACUCCAACCAUGGGAGAAUGGACCAUCCUGGAGCGCCUCCUGGAGGCUGCGGUGCAGCAGCACUCCACCAUGAUAGGAAGAAUCUUGCUGACUGUUGUGGUCAUCUUCCGCAUCCUGAUUGUGGCCAUAGUCGGCGAGACGGUUUACGAGGACGAGCAGACCAUGUUCAUCUGCAACACUCUGCAGCCAGGCUGCAACCAGGCCUGCUACGACAAGGCCUUCCCCAUCUCUCACAUCCGCUACUGGGUGUUCCAGAUCAUCCUGGUCUGCACUCCGAGCCUCUGCUUCAUCACCUACUCCGUUCACCAGUCAGCCAAGCAGAGGGACCGCCGGUACUCCUUCCUCUAUCCCAUCAUGGAGAAGGACUACGGCGGCAGAGACGGAAUGCGAAAGCUUCGCAAUAUCAAUGGGAUUUUAGUGCAGCACGGUGGUGAUGGGGGAGGGGGGAAGGAGGAGCCUGACUGUUUAGAGGUCAAGGAGAUUCCCAAUGCCCCGCGAGGUCUCACACAUGGGAAGAGCUCCAAAGUGCGUCGGCAAGAAGGCAUCUCCCGCUUUUACAUCAUUCAGGUAGUGUUCCGAAAUGCCCUGGAGAUUGGCUUUCUGGCAGGCCAGUACUUCCUGUACGGCUUCAGUGUGCCUGGGAUUUUUGAGUGCGACCGUUACCCCUGCCUCAAGGAAGUGGAGUGCUACGUGUCCCGGCCCACGGAAAAGACGGUUUUCCUGGUCUUUAUGUUUGCCGUGAGCGGCAUCUGCGUGGUGCUGAAUUUAGCCGAGCUCAACCACCUGGGCUGGCGCAAGAUCAAGGCGGCAAUCCGGGGCGUCCAGGCUCGCAGGAAAUCCAUCUGCGAGAUCAGAAAAAAGGACAUGGCCCACUUGUCCCAGCCGCCCAACCUGGGACGCACUCAGUCCAGCGAAUCGGCCUACGUUUGACGAUGAAGAUGAAAACAGGAGGGGAUGGAUGUGCAGAGAGAAGGAAUUAUGAUUUUCAUUUGCUCAGGAUUAAAGGCCAAAACAGAAAUCCUUUGGUGAUGAUGGAGAUGAACAGAAUGUAGGGGCAGUGGAAUAUGAAUAAUACAGUGAAUGACAAAGUAUUUGGUCCUGCUAGCAAACACACGAACAGGGAUCCCGUGAGGAGAUUCGGGAUGUUUUUUUUAUACUUUUAUCCUAAUAAUCCACAAGCUUCUCCACUGCCCUUUGGAAGGAAGACUUAAGCCAGGAAGCUGAGGAGGAAAUGGAAAAAAAAGGAAAACUGAAGAAGAAUUGUUUGUAUUCUGUGAGAGGUGACGGCGGUGUUUGAUGCAUCCCAUGGUGCUUUUCAUCUGGACUCCAUCACAUUCACCUAAAAAAGAAGGGGGGUGAGCGGAUGGGACAGAGGAACAUCAUUAACGGAGGAACGGAAGAACUGUCAGAGCCGUGACAAACCAGCGACGAUGAAGCCAUGUUUGUUUGGGGGGGGUUUGGUUGGAGACGCUGAGCUUUGGAAGAGCAUGUGAACCAAAUGACGGAGGAGAGUGGAACGGACAUAUUUUUGAUUUCCUUCAUCUGUUCUCUGGAGGCUCAUUGAUCCGUCUCCAGCGUGGCGUCUUCUGCUGAAAUGACGUCACGAGCCAAAAGCAGAGGAGAGCUGACAGUGUUUAUGCUUCGUCUCUUGGCAAAAGUUGAUCCGAGCACAAACAAAGAGAAGCUACCAUAAACACUUUCAUCCCCGAACUCCACGGUUGGCAGCAGAACAGGCUUCGUGAAGCAUCCCGCUGCUCUCCUGCUGCACACAGACUCUAGAGACAACUUAGAGAACAAAUGGACUAAAGAUUAAUUAGAGUUACCCCUCCAGCCCCUAUGAAACCAAAAGUCCUGCUGUUAGAGAAGAAGAGCACAGAAAAAUCCAGGAGGAAGAAGAAAACCUAACUUUUAUACAAAUGUUGUAAAUGACAUAACCAUGAGUUUAGAUUUUUCUUUAUUUUCCAGAGAUGGUGCCAUUCUUUAAUAUAUUCAAAUUAUUGUUCAGCACAUAUAGAAAGUAUAUCAUAGUAUUGAGUAUAUCCAAAUCAAAUGAUUUAUUUUCGGGUGGUGGGAAAGUCAUACUUUAUCAGAUGUAAAGAUGUUUUAUUUAUUACAAAUAAUCUUUUCACUGAUGGAAGGGAUUAACGUCAGAACAUUGUGGGCUUUAAUAUGAACCAGUGAAGGUGUGCAGCUGGUUUCCCUCAGAAGAAAACUGUAAACACAUCUGUACAGUAUUUGUUCUUUGCCAACCAGCUGCAGCCUGUGUUUGCUAGAGGCAUGUGCACGUGAGCGUUUCCUGAAUGACCAAGCUGUUACUGAUGAGGAUUUAUUAAGACAGGUGCUUUUUUUCUUUUCUGAACUUCAGUGGUUUUUAUUCUGCUGUUCCUGUGCUGACUGUUAUCAGCUUGCAUGCAAGAAAAAAAAGAAAGACGACGCUGAGAAAAAGAGGACAGGGAGCAGUGCACCCGGGUUAUGAAAGAGGAGUGGAAGAGCGGCAGACUGCAAGGACCAACGCUGGGGAGACAUUUAUGGAUGUUUUUCUGAAAUCAUGGCGCUGACAUGAGGCAGUCCCAAAGUCCAACAACACUGAGGAACCUAAAACUUGAGAUCUGACAGGAACAUGCUAAUCAAAGAGCCGUGGGAGGGGGUUCAGGAAGACUUCAGCUAUUGAAUUAGCUUUGGUUAAAAACUAGUGCUGUCAACAAAUUAAAAAAAAUCAUCUAAUCAAUCACAUUUAAUCACAAUGGUUUACUAGGUAAAUUUUAAAUGACAAUAUGUGACUUUUGAACAAAAAGUCUGAAAUAUUUAAAUUGAUUAAGUUUUAACCCAGAAAUUCCAAAAGUGUGAUUUGUGUGCACAAAACACAUCCACUGUAAGAUAAUCCGACCUCUAAAGACUUUUAUAUCCGCAGAGUUACUCCAAGAAAACAAAGAUGCUAAUGUGAAGCCAUAAGAAGCAAACAUUGUGAUUCUGCACUUUAACUUAAACCGUGGUCUGGGUGAAUACUGGAUUCUGAUUGGCUACUGGGUGACAGCCCCCAAAAAAUUAUAAAAAUAAAAUAUUUGCUCUAUAUUACUGUAAUAUUCUAGACAAAACAAGCACUAAGAGGUAAAUUUUCUCUCUGAACUGAUUUCCUGAUUGGCUUUCCUUUACCGCUGCAGUUGAGGCUCAGCGAUACGUUGUCGUGUUACCGUGACAACGCACUGGACCACGGAUGAAAUAGUACGCUUUUUGUGAAAAAGCAACAAAAAAAAAACAAAACAGAAAAAAUAAACCGCUAAAAAGUAUUUGAAUAGUUAUUUAUUUUGUAAAUGACCAAUGUAUCCGUGGGAUAAUGCCUGACUAAGUGUUUCAGCACAGGCCGUGGAAGCCUUAACCAUCUGAGGCAAAGAAGAUUGCGUAAUUAAUUUGUGUUAAUAAAUAUUAAUGUAAAUUAUUUUUUAAUAAUCAUGUGCGUUAAUACGUUUACAUUGACAGCCCCACUAAAAACCCAAGUUGAUCAGUUAGACUGAGAAAAACUUUCUUUACUACAAAGUGUGACUCAAAAGACUGAAAGUGACGGAAUGGAUGGCAGAAAAAAAUCGUUUUAGUAAACUUUAGUCACCAAAACCUUUUGUUUAGGUUGACUUAUGCCUUUAAAGUCAAAUCAUUUCAUUUUUUGGUGAGUUUUUAACUUCGCAUGACCCUAACAGUUUCUUUGUCGGGUCGGCGUGCAGAUUAUCUGUGUUUUCUCAGCGUCUCUCCAUCAGUAAACAGUUCAGAGCUGAACCGUAGCAGCAGCUAAAGCGGCUGCAGAAUCCCUCAGUCUCUGGACUCUAACAGGUCAUUCCCUCCAGGUUUGGACCUUCGGUGAAAUGGACUCUGUCCUCUGCAUGCACCAGAGAAGACAACUUCCCUGAAAGGUCCUGCCAGAAACACUAAUAAUAGCAGCUGGGUUACCCAUUAGAAACGGUGCUUCAAGUGAAAGCUUAAAUGUGACCUUAAGCUUAAAAGCCCCAGCCCGAGUCCGGAACUAUAUCCGUCUCCUGCUGCAGAGUCCAUUCAUAUACCGAUUUAAUCUCCACUCAGUACAAGACUGUGCAGGUUUCGGGUCUAUUUUUACUGAAUGGCACACAUGCACGCUCUCAAAGUGCGCUCACUUUGGAGAAGGUACAGAAGACGUCUUCAACUCUUGUCUGCUGUUCUUCAGGAACAUCAGCUAAAGGGUCACGCUCUUUCUCAGCGUUCAAACCUCCUGUGACUUCAACACUGCCUCCCUUUCAGAAUAAAAGCCCAGCUCCUCCAGCAGUCCCCUGCUCUCCCACUCCUGCUUUACUAUCUGUCAGUGUGAAAUGAAUUAUGCAAACUUUUUUUUAUUUGCUUCUCGUUUUUGACUUUUGGAUUCAUUUUAUUUGUUGCUCUUUUUGUAUGGAAACAUAUCAAAAAAGAAACAACUUUUUUACGUGGUGAAAACUUUUACUUUAAAGGUUAUGUGAAAAUCAAGGGUAGAGUGUUGAAAUAUAAGAGUAGCAGAAAAAAACGUUAUAUUUCCUCCCUUGCCAAAGUCAUAUGCAAAUUUACAGGAUUUUUUUUAAACUGCAUGUGUAAUAGCUAUAAUAAGCAUGUUUAUAUGUUUUAUUCAACAGAAUCUUAAAGGAAAAAAAAAAGAUUUUUACAGUUGACAUUAUAGAAGAAUGACGUCUUGAUGACCAGUGUGCAGAUUUAACCCAGAUCUUUGGACCAAACUGAGACGCUGAAACUACCUACGAAACUUCAUCCAUUUCAGUUCCCAGAAGAGUGUGACGACGCUGUGAACCUUCAUCCUUAAGAAAAGGGCACAACAUACCUUUAAAAUGAGGCUCCUUAAAGGAUCUAUGAAAAAUGUACUGUAAAAAAACAAAAAAAAAACAGAGAACACAGUGCAGCUAUGAAACUUGCUGCUGAAACAUUCCAGGAUUUAGACUGUAGCACUAAGUGUAUCUCAGAGAAACAUCAACAGAAAGCACACUCAGGACAGAAAACAUCCGUUUUAUACUGGUAGAAGUGGACCUUCUUUACAUUUUUAUAGAAACUGUGUGUUGGCAUCGUCCCCAUCAAACCUGAUACUGUUGGACCCUCCUCAGAAAAGCCUGAGCCAUCUGCUCUCUGGUGUUCGUGAAGACUUUACCCUCUUCAGAUACAUUCCUUUAAAUCCAGCAUAGUCCUGCCCACGCAUCACGGGUGACGGAGCUCCGCAGAACCCAAGCUCUCACCUUUGACUGUUACCAGGCUGUCGGCUGGCUUGGCUGCAGCAGUUUACAGCAAAUUCUGAUCUGUAGAAUCAUCCUGCAGUAGAUGAAGCGAGCGUUCGAUUCCUCAGGAACGCAGCCGGUCCAACGGGCUCGCCAGCAGCUCCGUAUUUAAGUAUUUUUAGGAUUUCUUACUCAUUAUAGGUUAAAAAGCCAUAGAAUAAAAAACACAAUCAAAAUUUAUAAAGGAGCACAAUGUAAGGAUGUUUUACAGAACUUCAAUUGAUGUUCAAGAUGUUUUUGCAUUUAAAUGGAAAUCAAUCAACUUUAAGAAGUAUGUCCAUGAAAAAUCCAGGGAUUUUUUUCUAAAAAUGCUCCUGCUUUUCCCCUCUCAAGCCCUGUGUCAUAUGGACUGGAUCAGAACCAUUUCAACACUCAGAAAUCAUCCUCACUGUCAGCCAGACUCAGGUAACACUGCCUCCUUCCCUUCAUGUUCUGACCCACAGCAGCUCCUCAGAGCUGAAGGUCCUCCCUCCAUCAUGGGUCUGGCUGGAAGGAGGAAAUCUGAAUGUUGACGUGUCAGCAGAGUGGGAGGAGCAGAGCAACCCGUGGCUAACAUUUGGCGUCCUGCUGAAGACGAUUUAAAAGAAAGACGACCCCGUUAGAUUUUAGGAAAUCCUAGCUUCCACAGUCACAUCUGAGCGGAUGUGAACCCGGGACUGCACACACAAGCUCCCGCUUGGCAACUUCAUCAGAGAAUCCGCAGGUUCACGGACGUACGUGACGGCCCUUCGUUAAAGUCCCUGUACAUUUAAUCAGUGUACUGUAUGUAAAGACUGAAUAAACCUUGAAUGUGACAUGACACCUGAA